AUGUCGUACCGCGCUCAGCUCGCAGCAACCAUGCCGCCGCUGCUAUUUUCAGCUGCUAAAACCCUGCCCCUACCCCUAUCCCACUUCCCACCACCGCCUUCACCUCCAUCGCGCCUCCAGCUCCGGCACGCCAACGCCACUGACACGGACGCCGGCGACGAUGCGCCGGCGGCGGUGUCCGGCACGACGGCCAGGGAGCGGCGCCUGGCCAAGGCGCGGGAGGAGCGCCACCGCCGCGAGUACGAACGCCAGCACACCUACCCCGGCUGGGCCAGGGUGCUGGAGAACGCCUGCAGGGACGAUGAGGAGAUGCGCGCCAUUCUCGGCGACAGCAUUGGGAACCCGGAGCUCAUGAAGCAACGGAUCCAAGAAAGAGUGCGCAAGAAAGGCAGGGAGGGGUUCAACAGACCCAAGACAGGCUCCGUCGCCGCAUUUAAAGUCAGCUUCCGAGACUUCAACCCGUUAAAUGCUUUCAUUUGGUUUGAACUCUUUGGAGAACCGACGGAUCGAGAUGUCGACCUUCUUGGCGGUGUAAUUCAGGCUUGGUAUGUAAUGGGAAGGCUAGGAGCUUUCAACUCUAACAAUUUGCAGCUGGCCAAUUCAAUGCUGGACUUUGACCCUUCGUACAAUUCUGAUGAAGCUUCUGUUGUGAUGCCUUCAUCUUUCCAUGAUAUCAGUGAUGUUGAGUUUCAAGACAGUUGGGGCAGAGUAUGGGUGGACCUUGGGACAUCAGAUUAUCUAGGAUUGGAUGUAUUACUGAACUGUCUUACACAACUAAGCUCAGAACACCUGGGCAUCAAACAAGUGGUUUUUGGCGGCAGAAAAUUGGGAGAUUGGGAGGAAGGUAUGACGAGCUCCGACUAUGGGUACAAGCAUUUCAAAAUAUAAUAACCAAAGUGCAUUGCAGAUCAAUUCCUUCAUAUAGUAAAUUGAAAGACACUGUAUGUUAGGAGCCUCUGAGGGCUCACCCAGCCCCAUAAUUCAGAGAAAUUUUGGUUAGUGCAUGUUUAGGACAGAGUCAGGAACAGUCUAAGAGUAGCUGGAUUUGGACUGUUUGUUAUGUAAAUAAAUUUCCUUAUGGUUAUGAUAAAAUCUUUAUCACGACGAGCAUUUGAAGUACAAAA